AUGGUCAACUGGAAAGCUCCGGAGUCGACAGAUCGGCUCCUUGCAUCACUGAUCGUGGCUCACCCCGGAUUGAAGCUUGACUACAAGGCCAUGGCCACAGCUUUCGGUCAGGGUGCAAGCUACGACUCGAUCGAAGGCCGCUUCCGGAAAUGGCGGAAAAUGGCCGACGAACUGCGCGGCGAGCUGGAAUUGCGAGGCAUCAACUUCACCGAACUGCGGGCCCGCAACAGCUCGUCUGGGAUCAUGACCCCGCGAACCCCUCGAGGGCCUCGCAACGGCGUGACCAAAGCCAGCCAGUCCGUUCCAUCGUCGUCCCGCGCCCGCAAAGACGGCCGUACCAUCUCGCAGAAGACGCCGACUAGGCCCGCGAAAAGCGGUAGCGGCACCAGCGGCACGCACGGUGGCUCGCUCGUGCAGGCGAUCUUUGUAGAGGAUAGCACCGAGGAGGAGGACAAGAAG